AUGACUGCGGACCUUUUAUCUGACCUGGAUAGUCGAUUCUUCGCCGAUAAUCUCUUAACGAGCGAAGAUUGGGAUGCCUGUCUGUUCAAGUGCGAGAGCAUGGAGGAAGGAGAGGACGGAGACUUCGGUCAGGGGCUGAAUUAUGAACCUUCGUUUGACAAUGACCUUGUGCUCACCCUCGAUCCCGACAACCGCACGUCACCAUGGCGAUACCUUGACGACAACCUUCUCACAGGAAAUACCACAGUGAUGAAAAAUGAGAUGGCACUAACCGAGCCUCUACCUGUGGAAAUGUUGUUCCAGGUCAAGGCUGAGCCUCCCUCUCCUGCUUCCUCGCUGGAGUCUGAGUGUUCGACCUUGUCACCCGAUCCAAAGGUUACAAUUAAAGCUGAAAACCCUCCUACUCCUCCCUACAUGUACGGAGAUGUUCUAUCUCCACCGCUUGGGACAAUGGAGGUAACCGUGGCAACGACAGCAGUACCCCCGUCGCAGUCCCAGGUGCCCACAGUUACACAGACACAGCUGCAGACACCGUUAACAUCCGUCCCAGCAGUCAUCACUGGAAUCCAGACACAGACUGCAGUCCUGCCAAACACUGCAACAAUAAAAGCCAGCACCAUCCUUAGCACCAAACCUCCCAUCCAGCCCAGACCUCUGUGUGUCGCCACGCUUCCCGUCCCCCAGAACCCCCCACCAGCAAAGACCCUCAUACUGCAGGGGCUCCCUUCCAUGGAUCAGACCCGACCUGUCGUCCUCUCUCCGUCUGUCUGCCUGAGUUCGACUCCGGCCAUCGUCAAAAUGGAGCCCGUGUCUCCGAGCAUCCCCCAGCACUGCUCGAGUCCGACUGCCUCCUCAACCAGCAAACCCAUUGUCCCGGCAACAACACCGUUACCCAGCAACAACCCCAACGAUAUUGAUAUGAAGGUGCUAAAGCGGCAGCAGAGGAUGAUCAAGAACAGGGAGUCUGCCUGCCAGUCGAGAAAGAAAAAGAAGGAAUAUCUGCAGAACUUGGAGGCUCAGCUGAGGGAGGCCCAGCAGGAGAACGAACGACUCCGCAGGGAGAACCAGGCUCUGAGGGAGAGGCUGGCAGUAAAGGAGAAUGGCGACUCUGCAAGCAACAAGCGAGCUGUGUGUGUCAUGGUGGUUCUGCUGUUCAUGACCUUCAGCUUUGGCCCUGUCAGCAUCACAGACAGGAAGCUGUCGACGGGUCUGCAGGAAGAUCUGGUGUCAUAUACGGGCCGCCGGCUGCUGGAGAUCGAGCAGCAGCAGCAGCAGCAGCAGGCGGCUGUAGCUCAGCCUCUCACAAAGGAUGAGGACAAGUUGGAGAAACAAGAGUCUGAAGGAGACGAGCAGUGGAAGAGAGGAGAGGCAGAGCGAUACGCUCCAGAUUCUUAUCAAUUCCGAAACCUGAGUGACAUGUUCAGUGACAUGAAGGACCUGGUCCUGCCUGACAUAGAGCGAUACUUCACUUCUUCAGACUGCAGACAGUUCAACCGCUCCGAGUCUCUCAGGCUUGCAGAUGAGCUGAGAGGUUGGGUUCAUCGGCAUCAGAUCGACCGGAAGAAGUCUGGAGGAAAACCAAAGACAGUGAAAAAAGCAAAGAUCACUCAGAAAGCUCAGCUAAGAAAGGCAAACAUCUCCAGAUAUCUGCCAAUCCAGGCUCACCGCUCUAUAGAAAGUCAGCUGAGGGUUCUUCCCGGUCCAGAGGUUACUUACAGCGACUUCCUGGACGCCAUCGACCGCAGAGAGGACACCUUUUACGUUGUGUCUUUCAGGAGGGACCACCUGUUACUUCCUGCCAUCAGCCACAACAAAACCACCCGGCCUAAAAUGUCUCUGGUGAUGCCGGCCAUGUCCGUUAACGAGAGUCUCUACAACUCGUCUCAGGGCUACGAGAUGAUGAUGCAGGUGGACUGCGAAGUCAUGGACACGCGCAUCAUCCCUAUCAAGUCCUCCGCCGUCCCUCCAUCUCUCCGUGACCCCACCCCGCCACCUCCCUCCUCCCCGCAUGGCCCCCACCAUCACCAUGGCAACAACACCUCACUCAGAGGGCGCCACCAGCACCACCCGUCCUCUUCCCCCUCUCCCAGGCAGCCUCUACCCGCCCGAACACAAACCCCAGAAUACUUGAUCAGCCAAUCAGAAGGAGUCUGACCAGACAUCAACAUGAUGAUGAUGAUGAUGGUGGGAGAGGUGUAAGGUUGGUGGCUCAGAUGAAGAAUAAAAGGAAACUUUAGUUUGAGAUUCUUUUUUGAAUCUCUUCACUGAACAAGAAACGUUUCAGAGACGGUUAAAAUCCAACAAAGCUGCUAUUAAAAUCUGAACGUUUGUCUGUAUUCCAACAGUUACUGGUACUGAAAGGACUGGGAAAAAACUAAGUCGGAUUCAUUCGUCAUAUUUACCAAUACCUAAAAAUAAGAAACAAAGAGAGCAGCACUGGCACAUGAAAAGGAAUCGGUUCUGAUCCGUUCCAGGGUUCCUCAGAGACAUUUCUAUAAUCUUCCCUUCAAAGUCGAAUCGCUUUUCCCUGUAGGCAUACCACAGAAAACAGAGCAUCUCUGUUUAGAGAGGCAGGCUUCCAGAAAAAAUGAUGGCAUCAAUGUUGAUUGAGAUCAUGGAAAUUAUUUGUUUUGUUUUGGAGCAGUCAGGAUUAAAAACUUUGAUUUUGGAGCUUAAGGCAAUGAUGUGAACCUAAUCCGAAUAAAAGAAGACAUGAUACACUUAUUUAUGUACUUAUUGAUUGAUAAAAGUACAUAAAUCAAGUUUUCUUUUAUUCAAAAGCUAAAAAAACGUAACUACUUGUAUCUUCCCUUCAUGUUUUGAUGUAAAUAUAAUCCAUUUUAAAAU